UUUUCCUGUUGGAACGCAGCCGUAGAGACCCGGGGUUAGACACCAGGAAGUGCUCGUAGUACAACCUCUCCCAGCUAGCUAGCGUCAGUCAGAGAGGUUAGUACGGUUGAAACCCAACACACAACAUGGGGCUGUUCGGCAGGACACCGGAUAAACCCCCCAAAGAACUGAUUAAUGAGUGGUCUCAAAAAAUCAGAAAGGAGAUGAGAGUCAUUGACAGACAAAUUCGAGAUAUUCAAAGAGAGGAGGAGAAAGUUAAACGCUCCAUCAAAGAUGCUGCCAAAAAGGGACAGAAAGAUGUUUGUGUCAUCCUCGCUAAGGAGAUGAUUCAGUCGAAACGGGCCGUCACAAAACUUUACGCCUCCAAAGCCCAGAUGAACUCGGUGCUUCUCAGCAUGAAGAAUCAACUGGCUGUGGUUCGAGUAGCUGGAGCGCUGCAGAAGAGCACAGAGGUCAUGAAAGUCAUGCAGAACUUGGUUAAAAUCCCAGAGAUCCAGGCCACAAUGAUGGAGCUUUCAAAGGAGAUGAUGAAGGCCGGAAUAAUUGAGGAAAUGCUGGAGGACACGUUUGAGAGCAUGGAAGACGGAGAGGAGAUGGAGGAAGCAGCAGAGGAGGAAGUUGACAAGAUUCUCUUUGAGAUCACAGCAGGGGCUCUUGGUAAAGCUCCAAGCAAAGUGACGGAGCCGCUUCCGGACCUGCAGCCUCCGGGAGCCUCAGCUGCUGCUUCGGACGAAGAGUCGGAGGAAGACAUCGAAGCCAUGCAGUCCAGACUGGCGGCUCUGAGGAGCUAGAGUUCCCCGCCGCGGUUAGAGUCACUUUGCACAUUUCUCCAGUGCUGAGCAUCCUCCGCUUCAUCGUCACCUGGGUUAACAUUGUGCUUCAACAGUUGUUUCUUUUAAUCCAGCCUGAUUAAAAAGGUGAUGUUUUCUGUUA